AAAGCGCUGUAUAGAUGAAGCUGAGGUGACGCUGUCUGCCUGCAGGUGGCGAUGUCUCCAGGAGAGGACGGUCUGAUCGGGAUCCCCUUCCCCGAGCACAGUAACGAGCUGCUGUCCCGGCUCAAUGCCCAGCGGAGGACCGGGCUGCUCUGUGACCUCACGCUGACCUCACGAGGAGCACGCUACCCCACGCACCGCUCCGUGAUGGCUGCGGUCAGCCUGUACUUCAGCCGUCUGUUCGGUGCGGAGGAGGGCGAGGGCCACAGCUGCAGCGUCUGCCAGCUGGACUGUGUGUCUCCUGAUGCUCUGGCCGCGCUGCUGGAGUUCGCCUACACUGCCACGCUGACCAUCCGCAGCUCGGGCAUGAGAGAGGUCCUGAAGGGAGCGCAGCUGCUGGGGAUCCAGUGUGUGGCAGACGCCUGCAGAGACAUCCUGGGCGAGACGGAGACGGGCGAGGACCCGGCGGAGGAGGCUGAGCAUCCACCGUCCCGACGCGAGCAGGACCGCUGCGCCGUGGCCCCCGUGAGGCCGCUGUGGAGGAGCGCCUCGGCCCCAGACACACCUGAGAGCGGGCGACGCUCGGGGCUCCUGCUGAACGGAGCCUCACACUGGACACACAGACCCGAGGACACGCCCUCAGAGGAGGAGGAGUCUGGAGCGCAGGGGCGGGCCACACCCCAGCUCGGCCAAUCACAGGGCGACGGAUCAGGGGGCGGAGCAAUGGCUGCAAACGGCAGGAAGAGGAAGUCUCAGACGCCUCAGCAGUGUCCCGUCUGUCAGAAGAUCAUCCACGGAGCGGGAAAGCUGCCUCGGCACAUGAGAACACACACCGGAGAGAAACCGUUCCAGUGCUCGGCCUGCGGCGUCCGCUUCACACGGAACGACAAGCUGAAGAUCCACAUGCGGAAGCACACGGGCGAGCGUCCGUACCCGUGUCCCAGCUGCCCCGCACGCUUCCUGCACUCCUACGACCUGAAGAACCAUCUCUCGCUGCACAGCGGGGACCGGCCCUUCGAGUGUCCGCUCUGUCACAAGGCCUUCGCCCGCGAGGACCAUCUGCAGCGCCACAGGAAGGGCCACAGCUGCCUGGAGCUCCGCCCACGCCGCCCCCCGGGCCCCCACCCCCCCGGGGCCUUCAUCCAGAUCCUGGAGGGCCACGGCGUCCCCGUCCCUCUGCUGCCAGGGGCCCGCCUGCCCUUCCCAGAGCUGCUGUGGCCGACGGGGAAAGCCCCGGAGGAACCGGAAGGAGGGAGUGCAUCGGUCACACACCGAGUCUGGGAGGAGGACGAGGAGGAGCCGGACGCUGCAGGGGAGGAGGACGAGUGACCACUGUGUGUGUGUGUGUGUGUGUGUGUGUGUGUGUGUGUCCAGGUGAAAAACAGAGCACUUCCCUAAUGAGCUCAAAGUGCUCUAUUUUUCUACUUAACACAGUAAAAGUGAUUAUUUAGUACUUCUUAAAGAGAGAGUUCACCCUUAAACUAAAUUCUGUCAUUAAUCACUCGUCCUCAUGUCGUUCAGAACCCACAAGAGCUUCGUUCAUCUUCAGAACACAAAUGAAGUUUUCUGAUGAACCCCAAGAGCUCUCUGACCCUUCAUAGACAGCUGAGAUCCUAACAGGGUGACUAAUUAAUGAAUAAGUUUCAUUUAAAUUUUUGGGUGGACUGACUCUUUAAGAAUAAUUUUUAGUGUAUUAAGUACAGAAUCAGUGUGCAGAAACAGAGCUCAUAAUGGAAGUGCUCAGUCGUGUGGUCACAUGGUGUUGUGGUUCUGGUGCUGGCGGAGCUCCUGGAGAACCAUGCAGGGUUCUGUUCGUCGAUCGGAUUUGUUUAUUGUUAAUUAUUGGCGGUUCACGCUCUGCAGCAUUUGAACAUGAACGAGUGCUUGAACAAACCUGAUUUAAAACACACAACUGAAUGAGAACGCAAACGAGAGAUUGUCUGUCACCUACAGGCGAGUAUCAUGAAGGGGAUUCUUUACUGUAGCUGCUCUGGAAUUAGAGAUUUUGAAUUAUUUUCAAAUGAAAGAAUUUACUUUCAUACCAAAGAUGAUUGUUCAGUUUGGACUUGAGAU